AAUGUCAAACUGCGCCGCGCGAUCGGGAUCGCAGGUCCCGAUCCAGCUGACGGAGGAAUUUCGCGUCGACCCUGCUGACGAUGAUAAUGAAUCACCCCGGUUACGCGCGAACGCAGCGGUGUGCGACAUUUCGCGUUGGCGUCAUUACGAACAAGUACCGAGAUCUUCUAUAAGACACUUAGGAUCAAUUUCUCGAACGUGCGCCAAGUGGACGAUAGAUCAAAUAAGAAGCGUCCGGUAUCGGGAUCGAUCGUGCACGUGCAAACACUUAUGCACGAGCCAAGUGAAGGAACGGAUAAAAAUACACGCGAGUCAGAGAGAUCCGAUUGCGAAUAUACAUACGCUUCGAAGACCGGCUGUCAAGGUAGAAUGCGUCGGGGGCAACGGCCGGGCAUCGUACUUGAAAGAUCGCGAAGCGAAGUGAAGGCUAAAAGGUGACGGAGACGAGAAUAGGACGCGUCUCUCGCGGACUGUCCACGUUUGUACCGGUUUGUCCACGCACGCCCGGAUCAGCAUGCUCGGAUCGUAACGUCCGAGACGAGUAAACCGGCUGUCGAAUGAUGUAGGUCCCCGCCGAGAAGGCGGAGUCCCCGAUCACGCGAUCUACGAGAACGGGCUGCCCCGUAGCUUCCGCCAUCGGGCAUUUUUCAGUCGUACCUCGUCAGGACAGAGGAUCGCGCCACGAUUACGAUCAUGCUGCUCACCCUACGCGGCCUCCUCGUUAUCGCGAUCUGUCGCGUUAUCGCGGCAACACCCGCGUUGAUUAGACCGGCGACUUACGAUCAGAGGCAGACCGGCGACCUAAACGUGCAGAUAGCGCUCAAGGACUUGCGUAUCGUCGCGCUGCUCGACUCCGAACUCUUGGACGAUUAUACGGAUUACGAUUAUUUCUACGAUUAUUCAGACUUCACCAUCAAGCCGGGCGGCAAUAGACCCACCACAAGCCCCACCACAAGUUCCACCACGGAAAAAGACGAUAUUACGGGAGUUUCCGAGCCUCUUUCGCCGCUAAAUUCGACCGCCUCGACGACUUUUGGUAAUAUAAAUUCGACUGAACAUUCAACGUUAUCGAAUGACGAAAAAAUCCCGAAUGCUAAUCCAUCGAACGGUAUCGCAAACUUGACCUCAAUUAUGGAUAACGAUAAGAGUCAAUCGAGCGAAGAGAAUGAAGAGCCCGAAGCAAUAGUCGCUUCUUCGGCUAUGAUGAAAUCUGCUCUACGAUCACAAAAGCGUUGUAAAUCCGGAUAUACUCCGAAUGGCAAUGGACGUUGUCGACGAGUAAGUCGGCCAUGGCUGUCUUUGUUGCCGUGAAUAUAAUCAAUGAUCAAUCGAUCGAAUUUAGCGAGAUGGAUCCCCCUAUCAUACAAAUUCCGCGUACCGGUUCACGCGACGAGUCACAAGCACGGCGAACCCGCUAUUCGCGCGAUCGUCGCAGUUGCGAAAAGGAUCCCGUUCGUUUCGCUCGCGUUGCCGAAGAGCAAUAACGACGAAGGUCGAACAGCAUCGCUCAUCCCGAAGAUCAAGC